GUAGACACGUGUCAAAGGCUUAUACGUAAAGAAGACAACGUCUUGACGAAGUUGUUGCCUGAUGAAAUUGAAAAGUAGGCUGGUCAACCUGUUCUCUUCUCUUUAAAUAAUCCACUCCUCUUCAUUCUUUCCUUCACCCAAACCCAUACUCAAACUGAUCAACUCCCAUGUCCGCCUGAGUUCUUAUAAAUUUGUUUUUAUUCUUCUUCUUCAUCAUCAUCACCACUAAUUAGUAGUACUAAGUUUGCUGUAAUCUCUGAAGAAGAAGAUGAUGAUGAGAAAAUUAAGUAACAACCCACUGUCAUCACCAAUGUCCAAGUACCACAGGUUCAACCCCACUGAUACUGAGCUCAUUGCACACUUGAAGCUCAAGAUUGAUGGAGAGAGAUCCAAACUCGAUGAUUACAUUGCCGAGAUCGAUGUCUGCAACUGGGAGCCUUGGGAACUACCCGCUAAAUCAAUGUUGAAGUCGGAUAUUUACGAGUGGUGGUUCUUGUGUCGUCUCGAUUAUAAGUACUCGAAAAAUAGUAAGCAAGUAAAAAGGAGCACCAAAACAGGGUAUUGGAAGAGAACCGGUGAAGAACGCAAAGCCAAAGGUUGUACUGGAAUGAAAAGGAAUUUAGUCUUCUACAAAGGUCGUAAACGCACCGAUUGGGUCAUACACGAGUAUUAUUAUCCUCAACCCCAUAUUAAUCUGAAAGAUCAGAAGCCAACCUGUGUUAUUUGUCGCUUGAUGUGCGAUCCCCAGAGAAAAAGGCGGAAUUCAGAUGUAUCUUCUGUAUUUCCAGAGGAGGGCCUGGGGGAAGUGAAUCAUCCACCAAUCUCGCCAAUUCCCUCUCCAGAUGCCAACUUCCUAGAACAAGCGUUGAGAUUCAUGCUCGACAAUGAUGAUGAUAUGCAAGUUUCAUAUGGAGAAACUUGUGAAAUAAGUGGCAAAACCACUUCUGAUUCUGAAAAUCCAUGGGCAGUUGCUGAUAAUGACCCAUUUGUAAAAUAUGAUAAUGGUGCGAGUUGUCGACUACCAGCUACAUCUGAUUUUGAAAUUCCAUCAUCAUCUGUUGUAAUCCCGGUGGAUCAUUGUUAUGACAAUAAUUCGCCAAUAUACUCACCACAUUCCAACUUCAUGGAGCAGGCGUGGAGUUCUCCAUUUGAUAAGGACAUGCCAACUCCAUCUGGAGCUGCAGAUGAAUUAAAUAAGUACUGGGGGGAAUUGCCAGAUUUGAGUGUUGGUCAUCCCCCCUUAGGCUUAGGGGAUAUAUGGUCGUGUCUAGAUUUGCGUCACGUACAAACUGAAGAAGUCAAUAAGCAGGUAGAGAGAUAUGCUUAUUAGUCAUUGGAUGGUUAAUCCAAUGGCUAAUGAGCCCCGUAGGAGGAUAUCAAGUAGUUGUAAUGAUAUUCUUCUAUGGACCUUUUUCUUUUUUCCUCUUUCUAAGUUCAUUUUCUUAUCCUACAAAAUAGCAGGAAGAUUUUAGUCUUUACAAACUCUAAAGUUGAAACCUAGUCAACCAAAUUCUACAAAGCCACACUUCUUACAGUCCCAUUUCUUCAAUCUCUUACUCUUAUUACACCUCGUGUAGCCAGCACUAUCAAAACCAACUUAUCACUCAAAAUAUCUUUUAAGAUUUAUCUACAGUAUGCCUACUUAUCAGCCACUACAUUAUCUUCUCUAGUUUCAAUCCUUGGAAACAAAAUUGGAAUGCUUGCCCUUAACGUACCAAGGCGCGGCUUCCAACCAAAUAUGUUGCCUAUCCUUUGCUUUAGCAUUGUGAUCUGGCCAUACGACCCCAUAGAGCUCAGCAUAAUAAGAUUGCGUGGUUAAGUCAGCCAGUAGAGGCAUCAUCCAUAUCUAUGUAAACCUUAGAUGGGUAAGAAAAUGCCUCGAGGCGGAUUUGUUAAUCCAUGUUUAGCAGCAUUUGCUUAUAGCUCUCCAAUCCUUUUGUAAUCAUUAGUUAAUCCUAUUUACUAAGCAUCUAGUCAACUUCUUCUUUACUAUCCUCCCAAGUAAAUGCCUUUCAGUAAAACAAAAUCUUUUGCGUAGUACAUCCUAAGACAAUUACUAUAAAGUAGUAGCAGUUUUUCCGAAGACUUGCCCUCUGAGUAAAAUUGCAGUCAAGACUGGCCUGAAGAAGGCUCUGAAAUUCAACUCCCUGUUAGAGUAAGAAUAUUCUCUGAAUAAAGGAGAGGUUGAUUUUCUAAGUACAGCCUACUUGAGAAGCCAAAUGAGUGUCCCCUUGCCUUGUCAGACUCUUCAACAGUCGAAUACUCGUGAAGUGUUCUUUAAGGAAUUGGAGACUUCUCAGGAGGAGCAUGAGACUGUCAGGCUCUUUUCCUCUUAAAGGUCAAUGAUCUAGCCGCAGAUUGUCUGCGGUAAUGUCUGGAAAGUGGAAAUAAGCAGGCCAAAGAAGCUGCAGAACACCCUGUUUCUGUUCAGUGUUUCAGAAAGGCUCAAAGUGGCAAAUUUUGGAGCACUUGAAUUUAGCAAGGUUCUUGUCAGAGUUUCUUCACCUCGUGGAAGCAGAAUCCAUCUUGAUAUGUAGUUUUACUCUACUCUGGAAUAUACUUAUUCCAUGUAUUCAAGGGCAAAGUUUGGUUUCUGCAAUCAUGUUUGCUGAAGCUGGUGGUACUAUAACUCAGCAAAACAAUGAAUUCUUUUCUUUGAAUUAGUAUUUUUAUUAUUAUUAAUAGUUUAAAGGUAAAGGGUAUUACAAUGCUGCUCUUAUUAGGGUAUAAAAAUGUGACAUUUCAUCACCGCCGUAUAUGGUGUCAAAUCCUACUUCAUGUGUGUUGAUGCAGCACUACAACAUUACUGGUUUUCAGUUUCACUGACACAAUUGAAAGGUGAGAUUUAUCAAAUCUUACUUUACCAAGUGAUGAGUAUUUUGAGCUGUAAUACAUGGGAGUAGUGAAAAUUGGAAUGGCUUUAUAUCCUUAUUUAGAUGAGUAUUCCUUAAAUUUCACUGCAACAUGCAGACUUUGUUUUGUAUAAUAUUAUGUACUCUCUAAUCAUUAUGUAUGUAAAUAUUAUUGUUUGUUUAUGUUA